ACUUUGAUAAUUUCUAGGAGCAAGCGUUCAUCGACAGAAACCACGACAACCAACGACAACAGCCACGAUGAAGCUUAACAUCUCCUUCCCUGCCAAUGGCAGCCAGAAGCUCAUCGAGAUCGAAGAUGACCGCAAGCUCCGUGUCUUCAUGGACAAGAGAAUGGGACAAGAGGUUCCAGGAGACAGCGUUGGAGACGAGUUCAAGGGCUACAUCUUCAAGAUCACCGGCGGUAACGACAAGCAAGGUUUCCCAAUGAAGCAGGGAGUCAUGCACCCAACCCGUGUCCGUCUCUUGCUCUCUGAUGGACACUCUUGCUACCGCCCACGCCGAACCGGUGAGCGCAAGCGCAAGUCCGUCCGUGGAUGCAUCGUCGCCAUGGACCUCUCUGUCCUCGCCCUCUCCAUUGUCAAGCAGGGCGACAACGAUAUCCCAGGUAUCACCGACACCGUCCACCCCAAGCGCCUUGGUCCCAAGCGUGCCACCAAGAUCCGCAAGUUCUUCGGCCUCACCAAGGAAGAUGAUGUACGUACCCCGUAUAUCUACUUCGCCUGGCCUGCUGCUUCUGCUUGUCCACGUUCAAUCGUGGCAGGCAGAGCCAGCAGUGUUCCAGAGUGUGAGAUGAAUCCUUUUGCUAACGAAGUGCUGUUGAAUUUAGGUCCGCAAGUUCGUUAUCCGUCGUGAGGUUCAACCAAAGGGUGAGGGCAAGAAGCCAUACACCAAGGCACCAAAGAUCCAACGUCUGGUUACUCCCCAGCGUCUGCAACACAAGCGCCACCGCAUCGCACUCAAGCGCCGCAACUCUGAGCGCACCAAGGAUGCUGCCAACGAGUACGCUCAAAUCCUCGCUAAGCGUGUCACCGAAGCCAAGGCAUCCCGAGCUGAUCUCCGCAAGCGCAGAGCCUCGUCGAUGCACAAGUAAAGCAUUCCUUUUCUUGUUCUUCGGUCGGAGCAUAAUUGGGCAUGGGAUUGUAUUUCGGUAGCAUAAGAUGAAGAUAGAUAAUGGGAUGGAUACCUUGGAAGUCUUCCCAAAAAGAACGACCCGGGGUUGAUGAUAUCCUUUUUCUUCUCUCUCUUCGUCUUCCUACAGGUUUUUAUGGGCAAAGAUACUCUGCAGUGCAUAUGGCAUGUAGCUAGGCGUUCUUCAAAAGCUCAUUUGACUACGAC